CCGCCAGGCUGAGGCUGCAGGGUGGCAAGAGAACAAUCUACGCAGUGAUGAUUGACCAGAAGAAGCGCAUGCCAUUUUGUGGUACCGCGACUGGUGUACAAUGUUCGCUGACCUCGUAUAUGCUGCACUGCACAACGUUGAAACGAUUUCUUGCCUCGAAAUACAACCUCCCGGGGAGGGGAUCAACAUAUGUGGCUCUCGCAUGGGCCAGUUGAGUCACCAUGUCCAAACUGUUAUCAGAGUGGACAAGGGUGUGGACACGAAUGGUAAAACACGUUAUGUCAUCCCUCUGUCUCUGUAUUCAGACAAGACUCAUGUAGACGGUCGUCAAAAGAAGACAACGUAUCCUUUGAUGAUGUCAAUAGCCGAUCGCGCAUCGCACGCCACACUCCUUGCGUAUCUUCCUGUGCUUCAACACCGGCCACGUGACAAGGGCUGGGGUCUGCACUCCAUCGCGUUUAGAAAACGAAAAGUUGUGAUAUUGCAUAAAGCGUUGUCAAUAGUAUUGCGGUCUGCAAAGGAUGCAUCCCAUGACGGCAUGAUAGUUACAAUGAAGCGGUUCAGCGAAAUAACAGUCCACCCUUUCAUCAUGAACUAUAUACAGGACUAUCAUGAAAAGUGUGCCCUUGCAACUGUGAAAUUCGGUGUUUGUCCAACAUGCACAGUGUCCAAGGACGAUUUCGAUGUCAUCGCUAAUUUCCCCAACUACAGGAGAGCGCAGACGCUAGAGACGCAACUUGCUGCGAACUGCUUCAACAAUGGGGACAAUGAUAUUCGUCGUGCCGCAGAGGCACGAAUGUCAGAAUUGAACAUGUAUAAGCAUGUUCAAGAGAACGGCCUUUGGGGAUUCUACAGGGCUCUGCAUGGUGAUGAUCCUCAACUAGAUUACCAUCUCGCUUUGCAACCGGACCGUAUGCAGACCAUUGAACACGACAUUUUCUUGCAUAUGAUAGAUGCAUUCAAGGCAGCAGCUUAUAAGAAGUUGUCGGAUAUCGCGCGAAGCAGCACAGGUGGAGGUAAUGCUGGCGAACCAACAGAGCAACAAACCGGGGGUUUUACAAAGGAAAUGAAAGACAGACUGUUUCGUUCAGUGACGAAGGUCUUUGCUUUUUCUGCAGCAAAGGAUGCGAUGUUGUACCCAUCGGAGGAUUUGUUUUUCACGACACUGCAAACAACUGCCAAAUUGAUAGGAGAACAUGCGGAGGAAGGACUACGGCUGCACGUGGCAGCGAACGGAAUCCGAGCUGUGAUCGGGGAAUGUAAUCGGAUUAUGACAACGGUCCGAGGCGAGAUAUCAUGGCAAUUGAAGCAUUGGUUUUGGGCCGAAAAAGGUCUGCCGCUGGUCCGGUCAGCUCAAACGGAUCACCAACUUCCGAUUCUCAACAGGAUGCGGGCAGAGAUGAAGGGGAACACAACAUGGAGAAGGAGCGGCAAUGAUCCGUGGGGCACUCCUCCUUUCAAGACAGCACUGACAAAAGUUUUUCAAAUGAGAAGAGAUGACAUCAACCUUGGCGUAACGUUGCAACAACUAGCAUUUGCGGACGUGGUACUGAAAAGUGAAGUCGAGCAGACGGCAAAGACCAGUAAACCAGCGGACCAAAUACAGAAACUUGUAGCUAUCAAGAAAGAGAUCGCUGCAUCGGUCCGCUCCCGAGACACGGUCUUAAGCUAUUCUAUCUUCAAGUUCGACCGUGCUGUUUCUGUUGCAGACAAGGCCGUCGCAUUGUACAGAGUUGGGUUGCCUGCUGUGCAGAGGGCAGACGCCAAUAACAUGACUACAACAGAUGAUGAUUUUGACCUUGAGUUCAUUGCGCACACCGUGGAGAAAUGUGCGGGCAGAGACAGAGACGAAGAAAGUUUGUGCGCAAGGCCGUGAAAAGGAGAAGAAGGUAUCCGGAAGUGGAUCGCGGGGGGUUGGGGGUGAAACAAGGCCAGGGUGUGUUAUUUAGUAAAUGGUUUUGUACAAG